AUGUCUUUUAAGUGGAACAACCACGGAUUACCACUUUUGCCAGGAUACACUUUCCGGGAUGUUACGAAGUCCGCCUUCCAUCGGCCCCAAACACUGGACAGUAAGAAUGGCUACUCUGUGCGCCGUCGCCCUUCGGUGGGCAUUGGCCAGGAUCCUCUUUUAUCAGAGCAGUUACUUCAACAGGAGAUCAGUGAGUUGUCCUUUGAGGCACUUGAAAUUACGCACGGCCCUUUAAACCGGACAGACGAUUUCACCUUCAUCCCAGCCCACGUGGCGCUCGACAAGAAGAUGCUUUGCUUCUAUGCAUAUUUCAUGGAAGAUGUCUUGUUUUCACCUGAAGAGAAGUAUCGUGUACGGCCCGUGGUCAUUUACUACUACCUGGAGGAUGACAGCAUGUGUAUUAUUGAGCCCGUAGUGAAGAACUCUGGGUUACCGCAGGGGAAACGGACCAAACGUCAGCGUGUCCCGAAGAAUGAACAUGGAGAUUAUUACCAGUGGAAAGACCUUAACCUUGGUAUGGAUUUGGAGGUGCACGGGGUCAAGUACCACAUCACAGACUGUGAUCUCUUCACAAAGGAAUUCAUGGAAAGUGAGGGCAUCAUUCUGGGCAACCCAGAACCAAUGCCAGAAGACCCGUAUAGCAAACAUCGCAAAAUCCCACAACCUUCUCACACCACCCCCUCCACGUUUGAUAGCCUUCAGCAAUUUAUUACUAUGGACGGCAAGGUGCUACGUUUCUUUGCCUUGCUGGACAACACUGACUCUCUGUAUACGGAGAUGUGGCCCGUCAUCAUCCACUAUUACCUGGUGGAUGACACAGUGGAGAUCAGAGAGGUUCAUAAACGCAACAGUGGACGGCUUCCUUUUCCUGUCUUGCUGCGCAGACAUAAGAUUCCUAAGAAAACCAAAUCAGAGGCAUUCCCUAGAUGUGUGUUGGAGAUCUCCAAGGAAGAAGUUGAUGAGUAUUACACCCCCAAAGACUUCCAGCUAGGCCAAACGAUUAGCCUGCUGGGGCAUCGCUUCCUCUUAUAUGACUGUGAUGGUUUCACAAAAGAUUAUUACCAGAAGAACCACCCAGACAUGGAAGUGAAGUCCAUAGAAGUACCGAAGAAGGCUGAUAAUGUUCAGGAACAAAAGAUCGAGAUUCCACCCUACAAUGGAUUUGGAUCUAUUGAAGACUCACUCCAGAACUGUUUCUCUCUGAUUCCUAAGCCUCCCAGAAGAAAUAUUUUAAAGUUGUUAGAGAAUCACGGCAAAGUGUUGCGCUACACUGCCCAGCUGGACUCCCUAAAUCCCCAAGACAAAGGCCGAUGUUUCAUACUGUCCUACUUCCUGUCCGAUGAGAUGAUCAGCAUUUUUGAAAAACCCACCCGCAACUGUGGUAUCAUCUCUGGGAAGUUCCUGGAAAAGACACGCGUUCCCAAGCCGGGCUCUUCGGUGGAAAAUCCUGAGUACUACUCACCAGCAGACUUCGCUAUUGGAGCCACUGUGGAAGUUUUCAGCCACCGUUUUGUGCUGACCCAUGCUGACCAGUAUGUGCUCACCUACCUGGAGUCCAUCUCAAGCCAGAUCCCUUCACAGACGCUGGAUUCUUUGCGGCAGAAGCUGGCAAAUAAUCAGCCAGCUGACCAAAAUGUUUUACAAGGAGAAUCCUCUUCAUGACAAGGGACGUCCUUGACUCUUACGGCUCCAAGUCUUGAUACUACUGCAGUAAUUUCAACACAAAUGAAAACAUUUCCAAAA